AUGGGGGCCCCCGCCGCAACCGCCCCGAGCUCGACGACCCGCUCGCCUUACGGCAAUGCAUACACUAAGCCCGUAGGAGGGAUACCCACAUACCAAACGACAACAGUAGGAGCUUCGCCGUUGGGUAAGAGGAAGGCUACCGACGCCGACGAUGCCUCUCCCACCAAGAAGACCAAGACGAAGGAUGCUGGUGGCGAGAAGCGACUGCGCCGAUUCCGUGCGAAGCCGCCUCAGAACUUCCACGAGGUGUAUAGCCGAGCUACGUCUCAGAGAUUCUACGUUCUUGAGCGCCGCCGAUGCGGCACCGCCGAGGUUCCUGAGGAGGAGGUUGAGCUGACGGGAUCCACCGGCAACAUCUACACGGUCAAGAUAGCCCAGCGUCCGUCCUGCAGCUGCCCGCACUUCCUCAAGGGCAACCAAUGCAAGCACUGGCUCUACGUCAUGUCUCGCGUCCUCCGCGCCAAGUUCGAGCACACAUACCAACUCGCCCUCCUGACGAGCGAACUGAAGGAGAUCUUCGACCGCGCCCCUCCAAUCGAGGACCCUUCCGAACCCUCCCAAGACAAGAACCGCAAGCCUGUGGAAGGCGAUUGUCCUAUCUGCUUCUGCGAACUCGAGGCCGACAGCCAGGAAACCGUCGUUUGGUGCCGCGCCGCCUGCGGCCAGAACAUCCACAAGGAGUGCUUUGAGACGUGGGCUGCGACGAAGCGCAAGGGAGGUCACGGCAAUUCGGAUGUCACCUGCCCGUACUGUCGGAGUGUCUGGCAGGGCGACGAGGAGAUGGUGAAGAAGAUCAAGAAGGGCGGACAGGCUACGUCCGAGGGCUACGUCAAUGUAGCCGAUCAACUGGGUAUCAGUACCCACAGAGACUAUAGUACCUAUUCGAGAUGGUGGAGAGGACCUCAGUAUUGA